AUGCUGAUUCCAAAUAAAGACUACUUUGCUGAACGAGUUGAGAAGAAGAAGGAGCGUGUUGCUAAGAAUGAGACCCAGCGCCUGAAAAAUCUCGCUCGUCAAAUGGGCUCGAAAAUGAGGAAAGGACCAUCCACCGAUGCUAGUAUAGGUAUUGGUGUUGCACCGGAAGAGAAAUCUAAGGAGCAGCUCCGGUUCGCUGUUGAUCGCGCCAAGACGGCUACCGCAUCUGCUGGAAAAUUCCAGCGCCUUGCCAAGGGAGAGAAGGAGAAUAUCAAAACUGGCAAGAAGCGAAAGUUCCUACCGAAUGAGGCAGGUGGUGAGAAGCAACACGCCUUGGAAAUUUGGGAGAAACUCAAGAAUAAAAAGGCAAAAAUUAUUGAGGAGAAGGCUGCUGCCGUUGCGGGACCUUCGAAACAGGAAAAGAAGGAGAAAAAAGGACAUAAGCCCAUUCGACAAAAAAGUCAAAUACAUCGACAACAGUGGUUCAAGAAUAAGAAGGCCGAUAACAAGAAGAAACGCGGGAACGCAAGGAAACCAAAAUGA